AUGUUAAAUAACCCGGUAAUUGAAUGUUCGAUUUCAACAUGGUAUUCGGAAUUCACAAAAAAUUCAUUAGAGACAGUUGUAUUACAAAUACCAGAUAAUUUUUUGAAUUAUUUGGAGCAUGAUGCAUUUAUUUUGCCAGUGGAAGCUACUGACAAUAAAAUUCGAAAUAUAAAAUGGUCUGAUGGAUCGUCUGGUCAGGAUAACCUAACAGAAGAUUCAGCUCAGCCAACGUUUCCAGAAUUUAGUAAACAAAUUCAAGAUGUCAUCGAUGAUUUUGGAGCAGUUUUUGUAAAAUCAAACUGGAGAACACCUUCAGAUGCAAUGUGGGUAGCAGUAACAAAAUCAUUAAAAUGUACAUCACUUGAGGAAGUAUACUUACUUUUAAAAAGUUCUGAUCGCAUUUCACGUGAUAUAUCUGCAGUAAAAGAAUUAGCAAAAAAUGAUAAAGAAAUUCCACCCUGCUUGGUAUUGAAGAAAUGGCGUGAUAUUAAUCCUUGCACAGAAUUCCGCUGCUUUGUUGUGAACAGAGAAUUAGUUGGUAUUUGUCAAAGGGAUGUGACUCAGUAUCAUCAAUACAUAGAGAAUGAAAAAUACAGUAUACAAACAGACAUUAAAAGUUUGUUUCGAGAGCGUAUAAAGGAUCGAUUUCAACUCGAUAAUUAUACGUUUGAUGUGAUUCGUUAUAAAAAAGACAAAGUGAAAAUAGUUGACUUUGGUUCUUUAGAUGAGUCAUCUAUAAAAGGAACUCUAUUUACUCAUCAAGAAUUAAUUAGUUCCAUAGUAGACCCUCCAGAAUUUCGUUUCAUCGGCGAAAAUAUGGGAAUUCAACCUAGUACUCCAAAUUACUUCUGCAUGCCCCAGGAACUCAAUGAGUAUUUUACCAGAGAAGGCUCUAACGAUAUAAUUGAAAUGAUUCGCAGGGCUGUUGAAACUCAACAAAUCGAAUAA